AUGGCCGACGAAGAACAGGCAAUCCAGCGCCCAGCGCAAGCAUACCAGACGCCCGCCUGGGAGACGCCUGCCACCAACAAGCGUCGCUCCCUCUUUGAUCGCUUCGUCCCGUCAUCGGCGACACACGGCUACAGGACGACCUCUGACGAGCCGUAUGCCAAAGAAGCCUCAGCUCAUCAUCCCCCUCCCGCAUACUCGGCUGGCGCAACGGCCACGACGGCGACGACCACGACCGCGGCUGUGACUGCGACCCCAAGAACGCAUUCCUCCCUCCACGCCCGCUUCGACGCUCUGCUGCCCCCGCACAAGACCUACGUGGGCCUCUCCCGCAAGCGAUUCCUCCUUUUCGUCCUUCUCCCGCUCGCCAUACUCCUCCUGCUCGUCCUCCCGCUCGCCCUGGGCCUCGGCCUCUCGAACCGCGGCGACGGCAAGCAGGACCUGCCUCUGCCCACGAACAAGGAGGUCCACACGGGAGACCUGACGUACUACGCCGUAGGGCUCGGCGCUUGCGGGCAGACCCACGGCGACACGGACAUGAUCGUCUCCGUGUCGCACUACAUCUGGGACGAGGUGCAGACCGGCGGCAACCCCAACACCAACCCCUUGUGCGGCAAGAAGAUCCGCGUCCGCCGCGACGGCGAGGGCUCCGUGGACGUGACCGUCGUCGACCGCUGCACCGGUUGCGAGCCGACCGACCUGGACCUGAGCCCGGCCGUCUUUGAGCGGUUGGCCGACAAGGACGAGGGGAGGGUCACGGGCACCUGGACCUGGCUGGACUGA